GGUUCCCCUUCUCUGUUGUCUCCAGGUCCCACCAGGGACAUGCAGCCCACCAUGAAAUUUGUGAUGGACACCUCUAAGUACUGGUUUAAGCCAAGCAUCACCCGAGAACAAGCAAUUGAGCUGCUGAGGAAGGAGGAGCCGGGGGCUUUCGUCGUGAGGGACAGCUCUUCAUACCGAGGCUCCUUCGGCCUUGCCUUGAGGGUGCAGGAGGCCCCCGCGUUGGCCGAGAACCGACCAGGAGAGGACAGCAGUGACUUCAUCCGCCACUUCCUCAUUGAGUCUUCCGCCAAAGGGGUGCAUCUCAAAGGAGCAGAUGAGGAGCCCUACUUUGGGAGCCUCUCUGCCUUUGUGUGCCAGCAUUCCAUCAUGGCCCUGGCCCUGCCCUGCAAACUCACCAUCCCGCAGAAAGAACUGGGAGGCGGAGACGGAGCCUCAGACCCCUCUACAGACAGCCGGGCCUCCUGCCAGAAGAAAUCUGCGGGCUGCCACGUCCUGUACCUGAGUUCUGUGAGUGUGGAGACCCUGACCGGAGUCCUGGCUGUGCAGAAGGCCAUCUCAACUAUCUUGGAGAGGGACAUCCUCCCCACACCCACCGUGGUCCACUUUAAAGUCACCGAGCAGGGCAUCACCCUAACUGACGUCCAGAGGAAGGUAUUUUUCCGGCGCCAUUAUCCCCUCACCACCCUCCGUUUCUGUGGCAUGGACCCCGAGCAACGGAAGUGGCAGAAGUACUGCAAGCCCUCCUGGAUCUUUGGGUUUGUGGCCAAGAGCCAGACCAACUCACAGGAGAAUGUGUGCCACCUCUUUGCGGAGUAUGACACAGUCCAGCCAGCUUCGCAGGUCAUCAACCUGGUGGGUGCUCUGCUGCAGGAUGCAGAACGGAUGUAGGGAGGAUCUCCCUGCAUAUGUUCCCAGAUAUCCCAAGGGACUUGCUCAGAAAUCCCCUCUGCCUCCUGAACAAGCAGCUGUAGCCACACUGCUGGACCAACGUAUUGAACUGAAGGAGAAUGGUACUAAGUUGAAACUCUUGAACCCACUAUGACUUUCAUCAGUGCCCUUCAUCCAGACACAACCACCACCCCCGGGCCUCAGUUUCCUCAUCCAUGAAAGGAGGCCCAAAGACAGGAUCAGCUGUUCUUCUCAGACUUUGGUGGGCAUCUGAACAAGCUCCCUGUGAUUCUGAAGCACACUCACAUCUGAGGACCCCACAUGAAAACAGCCUCUGAGGACACCUGACUCCAUCAGCCUGGACACUACUGACACAGCAACCUGAACUAGAGACCUGUGACCCUGUUUCACAGCAAACAGCCGGUGCUGGGUCGGACUGAGUGGCCCUGGCCAGAGUCAGGAUCAAGGGAGGGAUGGACUGACUCUCUUUCCCUCCAUAUCUGUUCCUUUCCCCACUUCCCUAAAGGCUUCUCAGGCAGCUAUCCCAGGACAAGGCUGAAUCCCUUGCCCUGGAUUCUUCAGGCCAAGUGGCCAAUGUUGGAGCAGCUUAGCAAGGGGGAAUUUGCUCCCAGGGUCAGAGCCAACCCAGCUGUCCCCACGUUCUUGAUGUCUAAUCCCCUCCAUUGCAAAUGAAUGUCAAAGUCCCAUCUUUUCUUUUAAUUUUUUGGUAAGCAAGUGUCCCCCUGCUGGUGUCACAGCUGCUCUAGUGUUGCUCAUGUAACCCACACCUGUCAUGGGGACAAUGAGUUCCCUGCUCUCCAAAGCAGACGCAAGGGUCAGCUCUCUCUAGUUCUGCCUCAGCUCCAGUCGUUCUGAGUCCUCCUGCCUCCCAGCACA